GCCCUUAUACCAUUUAACACUCCGGGGCCACCUUCAAGACACUGGGCUGUGGAUCAACCGACCACCACUCCUCUUCCAAGAAUCAUUUUGACAGGUUCUUUUGGAGGAGCUCUUUCUUUUUUUAACCCAUCCUUUUAAACAAAAUGGCACCAAAGAAGGAUGUAAAGAAACCUGCUGCUGCUGCUGCCCCAGCCCCUGCCCCGGCACCUGCACCUGCCCCAGCCAAACCCAAAGAAGAAAAAAUUGACCUCUCUGCCAUUAAGAUCGAGUUCUCUCAAGCACAGCAGGAUGAUUUCAAGGAGGCAUUUCUCCUGUUUGACAGAACAGGUGAAGGCAAGAUCACUUUAAGCCAGGUCGGUGAUGUCCUCCGGGCACUGGGCACAAAUCCCACCAAUGCAGAGGUCAAGAAGGUUCUGGGAAAUCCCAGCAAUGAAGAAAUGAAUGCCAAGAAAAUUGAGUUUGAACAAUUUCUGCCUAUGAUGCAAGCUAUUUCCAACAACAAGGACCAGGGCACCUAUGAAGACUUUGUUGAGGGUCUGCGUGUCUUUGACAAAGAAGGCAAUGGCACAGUCAUGGGUGCUGAACUCCGCCACGUUCUAGCCACCCUGGGUGAGAAAAUGAAAGAGGAAGAAGUGGAAGCCCUGAUGGCAGGUCAAGAAGACUCCAAUGGCUGCAUCAACUAUGAAGCUUUUGUCAAGCAUAUCAUGUCUAUCUAAAUGGAGCUCUCAAGAACAAGCAUUGUUUAGGAAGACUGGCUGGAACCUUAUUUUAAUAACACCCAUGACUAACUGUUCAGAUAUGUUUACCAUCAUUCAGAAAAACAAAACACUCUGGACUAUUCUAGUCUGAAGGACUAAAUUUUUAUAUUCCUUAAGUUUCUGUCUUAAUUGUAUUCACACCAUACAAACCAAGUGUCUGCUGCUCUAGACAAGAAUAAAAUAUUGACAAUCUCAAAUAUAAGCACCACUCUAUUAUCUACCAUAGGUCAACAGCAUCUUAAAAAAAUAAAUCAAUAAACAAUUUCGGUCAGUCUGGAA